CCCAAAGCACACGGUUUGUAACCCAAGUUAACUUGUUAGAGCCACCCACGCUUUCUCUGUCUCUCUCUUCUUAUAACAAGUCUCUAACUAACGGCAUAUUCUCUUUCUCUCUCCAUGCCGCAGCGCAUGCUUUGAUCGACCAAGUCACCUCUCUCGCAUUCUUCGUAGUUCCAAGAUCCGAACUCCGAGAUUCCGGUGAACCCUCCUUUCUCUUUAUCCUUAAAUAUAUCAACAACCACGACAACAACCUUGACCUUUUUUGUUUCCACCAAACACCAUUUUUUUUACAACAGACUCUGAGAAAACGAGUAAUGGUGGUGAAGAUGAUGAGGUGGCGGCCAUGGCCGCCUCUCCUCUCGAAGAAGUUCCAAGUGAGGCUGCUCGUGCGGAGGCUCCAGGGCUGCGAUCUGCUGCGGAACGCUGCACGUGAAGGUUCCAAAUUGGUUCUUGAGAUUCGCUGGAAGGGUCCUAAGUUGACCCUUGGCUCUCUGCGACGGAGCUCCGUCGCGAGAAACUUUACUAAAGAGGCGGAAUUUGACGUCGACGGCGGUGGCGCCGCCGUGGUUCACUGGGACGAGGAGUUUCCGACGUUGUGCAAUUUGAACGGUUACAAAGACAAUGUUUUUCACCCUUGGGAGAUCGCUUUCACUCUCUUUAAUGGAUUGAAUCAGAGGCCGAAAAACAAGGUUCCUGCAAUUGGAACCGCAUUAUUGAAUAUUGCUGAAUUUGCAUCUUCAACUGAUCAAAAUGAUUUUGAUUUAAACAUUCCACUCACACUAACUGGAGGUUCUGGGGAGCUUUCUCCUUUACUCUGUAUAUCAAUAAGCUUGACGGAGGUAAGCGUAGCUCAAGAAAGCGUGGAGCCAAUUCAGAGAUCUAUAGUGCCUGGGCCAUCGCCCUCCGCCAAGUCGGGAGAAACAGCCUUGGUAGAAAAAGAUGAGCUUUCUGCUAUUAAAGCUGGUAUUAGGAAAGUAAUGAUUUUGACGGAGUUUGUAUCUUCCAAGAAAUCAAAAAAGGGAUGUCGUGAGGAAGAAGGAAGUGAAGGUAGGUGCUCUAGAAGUGAGGAUGGUGAAUACAAUUAUCCUUUGGAUUCUGAGUCAAUUGAUGAUUCUGAGGAAGGUGAAACAGAUGAGGGGAAGGAGGAUUCCAGCAUUAGGAAGUCAUUCAGUUAUGGAACACUGGCCUCUGCAAAUGCUGGGGGAUUUUUUCAUUCCAAUAUGAGAGUAAAUUGUAAUGAUGAAGACUGGGUUUAUUACAGCCAUCGAAAGUCUGAUGUUGGGUGUUCACUGAUGGAGGAUUCUACAACUUCUUCUUCUGACCCUUAUUUACAAAGUUCUAAGCGCAGCAUACUUCCAUGGAAGAAGAGGAAGUUGAGUUUCAGAUCUCCUAAAGCUUAUAAGGGAGAGCCGUUGCUAAAGAAGUCAUAUGCAGAAGAAGGUGGUGAUGACAUAGAUUUUGAUCGCCGUCAACUUAGCUCCGAUGAAUCCCUUUCUUUGACUUGGUACAAGACUGAGGAUGACUUGUCUGCACAUCGAUCGUCAAUCUCUGAAUUUGGGGAUGGCAGUUUUGCUGUAGGGAGUUGGGAGCAGAAAGAAGUCAUGAGUCGUGAUGGUCAUAUGAAGCUUCAAACACAGGUCUUCUUUGCUUCAAUUGAUCAGCGCAGUGAACGUGCAGCAGGUGAGAGUGCAUGUACAGCUCUUGUUGCUGUGAUUGCUGACUGGUUUCAAAAUAAUCGUGAUCUUAUGCCCAUAAAGUCGCAGUUUGAUAGUCUAAUUAGAGAAGGCUCCUCAGAAUGGAGGAACCUAUGUGAAAAUGAUGCCUAUAGAGAGCGGUUCCCUGACAAGCAUUUUGACCUGGAAACAGUCAUUCAAGCAAAAAUACGUCCGCUUACUGUGGCUCCUGGGAAGUCCUUUAUUGGUUUUUUUCAUCCUGAAGGGAUGGAUGAAGGCAGAUUUGACUUUCUGUAUGGUGCCAUGUCUUUUGAUAAUAUUUGGGAUGAGAUUAGUCGUGCUGGACAAGAGUGCCCUAGCAAUGGUGAACCUCACAUUUAUGUUGUUAGUUGGAAUGAUCAUUUUUUCAUCCUCAAAGUUGAAUAUGAUUGUUAUUACAUCAUUGACACUUUGGGAGAGAGACUUUAUGAAGGGUGCAACCAGGCAUAUAUCUUGAAAUUUGACAGCAACACAAUGAUGUACAAAAUGCCAAAUGUUGCUCAUUCAUCAGAUAACAAGACAUCCAAUGACCAGCAAACUGUAGCAGAAAUAUUAGAUCCUAAUAAUAGUCAAACCCAACAAGUAAAUAGCAAGGAGGUGGAUUCUGUUGCAGGGGAGGAAGAACAGUUGAGGAGUGAGACAGAAGAAGUUAUAUGCAGAGGGAAGGAAGCAUGCAAAGAGUACAUUAAAAGCUUCCUAGCUGCAAUCCCUAUCAGAGAAUUGGAAGCAGAUGCCAAGAAAGGCCUCAUUUCUUCAGCAUCCCUUUACCAUAGACUACUACAAAUUGAGUUUCAUUACACCCAAUUGUUAGGAGGUGAAACAUCAAUGGCUGAACCAGAGACCUUAGCUCUUGCAAUAACUGAGGCUUCUACCAUAACCAAGCUGUAAAUUGAAGAAAAUGCGUCUAUGCUAACUUAUUUUACUACUUUAACCAUUGAUGUUCUUCUGAUUUUGAACUGAAUUUAAUUAUAACAUAUGGAGGCUCGUUUAAGCUUUUGGUGCGAGCAAUGAGUGAGCUGAGCUUUUAUUUGCGCAGUUCUGUUUGGCACUUGCCUUGUUUUAUAUUUACCUGUAAUCUUUCUUGGGAAGGUUAUUCUGUAAAUGGCUAUGUAGUUUCCUUUUCAAGUCAGUGCAUACGUUUGGCAUCUGAAAUGUAAGUUCUAAACAGAUUCUACUCUUAAAUGGCAGAUAGCUUUUAGUUUUUACGGACA